UUUAAAUAUUCUGUUAUGAAAAAAAUUAAUGGGAGUGGAGAGAAAUAGUUAAAGAAUGUUGAUGAUAAUUCAACAUAAGUGAGUAAUUAUUGUUUCAAGUGUAAUAGAUUAUCCUUUACCACUUGAAUUUGAUGGGAAAAAAAACCCUCCUAAUUAUCUUUAGAGCAAAAACAAAGAAAAUUCAAUAAAGACAAGUAUUAAUUUUUUAAAAUUUAGUCGAGAAAAAUUAAUAGAAUAAUAAACCUGUAAAAGUUAGGAUUGAUCGUCCUUUGGAAGGCAAACGAUUUUUAAAUAAAGAUAAAAAUACUCAAUAAAUAUUUUUAAAAGUUAGAAGUGAUAGUGUGAGUGAAAAUAGUAGCUGUGAAUUAGGGAAUUCAAAUUCAGAUUGUGAUUGUGUAAAAAAAUUGAUUCCUAAGAAAAAUAUUGAAAUAAAGAUGUAUUAUUAAAUAAUUUUAAUUUAAUAAGAAAUAGAAAAAGAAAAAAGAAGAGUGAUACAACACCAUUUUAUGAUUAAAUUAUAUACCAUGAUCCAAGAAUGAGAAGAAUAAAUUUUGUAUAUAGUUCUUCUGGAUCAUCAGAUUCUGAUUAUGAAAGAGUUAUAAUAAAGAAAGAAGAAAUACCUGAAAAAAAAUAUAAAGAUAAACCACAAAAAAAAAAAGAUUAAAAUGAAAAAGAAAUACCAUUACCUGAGCACAUUCUCGAAUGUCCAAUUCAACCUCUACCAGUUCCAAAAGUAGAAAAAUUACCUGAAGUAAAAAAAUAAAAAGAGCAAAAACCUAUCAAAUAGCCUAAAAUAGAGAAAUAUCGUCCUAAACCACCAGAAGAAGAAUGGGCGAAAUAUGAAACACCUAAUAUAGUACAUCCUUAUUAAUUAAAACAUCCAAAAAAACCCUAAGAAAAAUAGAAGAGUGAGAAACCAAUUUAUGGAAAACAAAGGGAAAGGGUUGAAUUUAAAGUGCCAAAGGUGAAAUUAUAUUUUAAGAUUAGGGUCAAGAGGAAGUAAAAGAUUUUAUUCCAAAAGCACUUCCAACAUAAACUGCAGCACCAUUAAAGGAUAAAGAAAAGAAGAAUAAUAAAAAGAAAUAGAAUAAAUCAUCAUCAGGCUCAAGUUAUUGUUAUGAAUGUGAAUGUUUAAGUGAAGCAUGUGAUUGUUGA